AAACACCCAAACGAAUACCCUAGUGCAGAACCAAGCAACCAAUGCUGCGAGUUUCAAUUGAAGUUGAUGUGUGAUUCUUCCCACCACCCUAAUUCCUAUCCCCACCAUCCCCUUUUAUAAAUUUCCCCUAAUUUUCAUUCUCCCACCCUUUUCUCACACACCACCCUCACCAAUUCUCACCACCCCUCACUCCACUCCUCUGAAUUUUUCUCACUGUGUUGGCACCGCAACUCACACAAAGUGUGAUUAUCAAUGGAAGAAUGUGAUAAUGUGGUUUCUGAUGAAAUGGACAUGGACUCAAAUGAGGGAAAUGAUAACAAUUUGCAGGCCGAUACGAGUAUCGAGAAUUCUAGUUUGCAAGCUCCCGGUGUUAUUGUGGAUUGUGCAAAGGAGUUCACAACUGACCAGGUUUUUCCAACGCGAGAUGAUCUAUUAGAUUGGGCGCGGAGUGUAGGGAGGGAGAAUGGCUUUGUUGUUGUGAUCAUGAGGUCUGAUAAUGGAAGCGUUAAAAGGAAGGAACUUGUGACGUUAGGAUGUGAGAAGGGUGGGAAGUACAAGCCUUAUAAGAGCACGUUGACACGUAAAAACACUCGAAGUAAAAAAUGUCAAUGUCCUUUUAGACUAAGAGGAAGACCGGUGAAGGGUGGAGGUUGGAAGGUUAGAGUGACAUGUGGUUUUCACAACCAUGAAAGAGCAGAGACAUUAGAAGGUCACACGUACGUUGGCCGGUUAACACCUAACGAAAAGAGUUUGGUUGAAGACAUGACCAAUAGCAUGGUAAAACCAAAAGACAUUUUGCAGACAUUGAAGGAACGUGAUCCGAGUAACUUCACUACCAUCAAACAAGUAUACAAUACUUGUCAAGCUUAUCGUGCCUCUAGGAAAGGUCCCAAAAGUGACCGAACCAUGAAAGGGAAGGAGAACGAUGACACUAGGACAUCAACAAGUUUGGUUUUUGUUAUUAAUGGUGAGAGGUUUGAGCUCUUCAAUGUUGACCCAUCAACCACUUUGCUCGAGUUCUUGCGUACUCAAACUCAAUUCAAGAGUGUCAAGCUAGGCUGUGGUGAAGGUGGUUGUGGUGCUUGCUUAGUUUUAAUCUCGAAAUACGAUCAUGUGCUUCACAAAGUUGAGGAAUUUACAUCAAAUUCCUGCCUCACACUACUUUGCAGCAUUCAUGGGUGUUCAAUUACAACAAGUGAAGGCAUUGGAAAUAGUAAAGAGGGAUUCCACCCGAUUCAUGAAAGAAUUGCAGGAUUUCAUGCCACUCAAUGUGGCUUCUGUACUCCUGGAAUGUGUGUUUCCCUCUUUGGCACACUUGUCAAUGCUGAUAAGACCAAUCGUUCAAAGCCAGCUCCUGGUUUCUCAAAAGUGACUGCUUCUGAGGCUGAAAUGUCUGUUGCAGGGAACCUUUGUCGCUGUACUGUGUAUAGACCCAUUGCUGAUGCUUGCAAAAGCUUUGCAGCUGAUGUUGAUAUGGAGGAUUUGGGGCUCAACUCUUUCUGGAAAAAGGGAGAGAGCAAGGAAAUUAAGCUUAGUAGGUUGCCUCAAUAUGACAGUGAUCACAAGAAUAUUAGAUUUCCCAUGUUUUUGAAGGAAAUCAGGCAUGAUUUGUUCAUGGCUUCUGAGAAACACAGUUGGCAAAGACCUACUAGUCUAGAGGAGCUUCAGAGAUUAUUGGCAUUCAACCAAGCCAAUGGAACCCGGGCUAAACUUGUUGUUGGUAAUACUGGUACUGGAUAUUACAAAGAUACAGGAGGCUAUGAUAAGUAUAUUGAUAUAAGAGGGGUGCCUGAGCUCUCAAUGAUCAGAAAGGAUCAAAAUGGGAUUGAAAUUGGAGCAGCAGUGACAAUAUCUAAAGCUAUAGGAGUACUCAAGCAAGAUAGGAAAAGCGACUUGAUCUCAGAUUUUGUAAUGAUACUUGAAAAGAUCGCUGACCAUAUGAGCAAAGUUGCCACAGGAUUUAUUCGAAACACUGGCAGUGUAGGUGGCAAUUUAGUGAUGGCCCAAAAGAGUCAUUUUCCUUCAGAUAUCGCUACAAUACUCCUAGCUGCGGGUUCAAUGGUUCAAAUAAUGUCUGGUGCUCAAUUUGAAUUGCUUGCAUUGGAGGAAUUUCUUGAAAGGCCGCCACUAGGUUUGGAAAGUGUGCUUUUAAGCAUUACAAUUCAGAGUUUGGAAUUCAAUAAAAGUGAAUCUUCAGAACCAAGAAGUAGAUUCCUCUUGGAGACUUACCGAGCUUCUCCUCGACCCCUUGGAAGUGCCCUUUCUUACUUAAAUGCUGCUUUCCUUGUUGGGGUGUCUCCAUGCAAGGUCACUGGUGGAACCAUGAUUAAUACUUGUAGGUUGUCUUUUGGUGGUUGUGAGAAUAAACGUGCAACAAGAGCAAAAAACGUCGAGGAAGUUUUAGUUGGAAAGGUGUUAAGUAUUAGCAUUCUGUAUGAUGCUGUCAACUUGCUUACAUCCACUAUUGUACCUAAAGAUGAAACCUCAAGAACUACAUACCUUCCAAGUUUGGCAGCUGGUUUUCUUUUUCAGUUCUUUAACUCACUGAUUGAUAGUCCUGCCAGAAUAACCAAUGAUCAUCUAAAUGGAUACAGUAAUUUGCCUUUUGUGAAGGCUUCUAAAUUAAAAGAGAAUCAGAAACAGUUUCAUCAUGACACAUUUCCAACUUUACUGUCAUCUGGGAAGCAAGUUGUUGAAGCUGGCAGUGAGUAUCAUCCCGUUGGUGAGCCAAUCGUGAAGUCUGGGGCUGCACUCCAAGCUUCAGGUGAGGCUGUGUUUGUGGAUGACAUGCCGUCACCAACAAAUUGCCUAUAUGGAGCAUAUAUUUAUAGUGAAAAACCUUUAGCAAGGAUAAGGAGUAUAAAACUCAGGCCUGAAUUGCAUCUGGAUGGAGUGAGAGACAUUCUUUCAAGUAAAGACAUUCCCAGUGGUGGAGAGAACAUCGGAGUGAAGAGUAAAUUUUGUAAUGAACCUUUAUUUGCUGAAGAGAUUGCUAGAUGUGUUGGUGAACGUCUUGCUUUUGUGGUUGCAGAUACUCAGAAACUUGCAGAUAUGGCUGCAAACUCUGCUAUUGUUGAUUAUAGUAUUGAAGAUCUUGAACCACCUAUCCUAUCUGUGGAAGAUGCUGUUGAAAGAUCUAGCUUUUCAGAAGUUCCUCCUUUUCUCUGUCCAAAUCAAGUUGGUGAUGUAUCAAAAGGAAUGUCUGAAGCAGAUCACAAGAUUCUUUCUGCUGAGAUGAAGCUUGGAUCUCAAUACUAUUUCUAUAUGGAGACGCAAACUGCACUUGCUGUACCGGAUGAAGACAAUUGCAUUACGGUUUACAGUUCUAGUCAAAGCCCUGAGUUUGCACAUUCUGCAAUAGCAAGGUGCUUAGGUAUUCCUGAAAGUAAUGUUCGUGUAAUUACAAGGAGGGUUGGGGGAGGUUUUGGAGGAAAAGGCAGCAAAUCCACAGCUGUUGCCGUAUCUUGUGCACUUGCAGCACAGAAAUUACAGAGGCCUGUCAGGAUAUAUCUAAAUCGAAAGACAGAUAUGAUAAUGGCUGGAGGAAGGCAUCCCAUGAAGAUAACAUACAGUGUUGGUUUUAAGAAUGAUGGGAAGAUCACGGCAUUAGAACUUCAGAUAUUGGUCAAUGCAGGGAUUUAUCCGAGUGUUAGUGCAAUGAUGCCACACAACAUAGUUGGUGCACUUAAAAAGUAUGACUGGGGUGCUAUCUCUUUUGAUAUAAAGUUAUGCAAAACAAAUCAUCCCACUAGAGGUGCCAUGAGAGACCCCGGGGAUGUGCAGGGAUCAUUCAUUGCAGAAGCUGUAAUAGAAAAUGUUGCAGCUACACUUUCAAUGGAUGUGGAUUCUGUCAGAAACAUUAAUCUUCACUCUUUCACUAGUCUUAAAGCAUUCUAUGAGCAUUCUUGUGGUGAACCUCUUGAGUAUACCAUGCCUUUAAUAUGGAAUAAGUUAGCUGUUUCUGCAAACUAUGACCUGAGAGCAAAAAUGGUGAAAGAGUUUAACAGCACUAACACUUGGAAGAAAAGGGGAAUAUCUCGAGUGCCAGCAACAUAUGAGCUGAGUCUAAGACCAGCUCCAGGAAAAGUUAGUAUUUUGUCAGAUGGGUCUGUUGUUGUUGAAGUUGGAGGAAUUGAACUGGGUCAGGGUCUCUGGACAAUGGUGAAACAGAUGGCUGCAUUUUCCCUCAGUGCAAUUCAAUGUGAUGGAAUGGGAGGUCUCUUCAAUAAAAUACGGGUUGUACAAUCUGAUACCUUGAGCUUGAUUCAAGGGGGUUUAACUGCAGGGAGCACUACAUCCGAGUCAAGCUGUGAAGCAGUUAGGCUUAGCUGCAAUGUCUUGGUUGAGAGGUUAAAACCUCUCAAGGAAAAGUUACAGGAGGAAAUGGGUUCUAUCAAAUGGGAGACCCUUAUUCUUCAGGCAUCUUCGCAAGAUGUGAAUUUAUCAGCAUCUUCGUUUUUUGUACCCAGUAAUACUUCCAAUAAGUACCUUAAUUAUGGUGCUGCAGUAAGUGAGGUGGAAAUAGAUCUUCUGACCGGAGAAACCAGAAUUUUGCGAACAGAUAUUAUCUAUGAUUGUGGAAUGAGUUUGAACCCUGCUGUGGAUUUAGGACAGAUUGAAGGAUCUUUUAUCCAGGGAUUGGGUUUUUUCAUGCUUGAAGAAUAUGAAACAAAUCCUGAUGGUUUAGUAUUGGCAGACGGCACAUGGAACUACAAAAUCCCUACAAUAGACACAAUUCCUCAACAGUUUAAUGUUGAAAUGUUCAACAGUGUGCAUCCCCAGCAACGUAUUCUCUCUUCAAAAGCUUCCGGGGAACUGCCAUUGCUUCUAGCAGCUUCUGUUCACUGUGCCACUAGAGCAGCUGUUAAAGAAGCCAGGAAACAGCUUCUGUCAUGGAGCAACUUGGAUGGACCAGAUACAACAUUUCAGUUGCAGGUCCCUGCAACCAUGCCUGUGGUAAAGGAACUUAUUGGACUGGACAUUGUAGAAAGGUACUUGAAAUGCCAAAUGGACAAGAAGUAAAGGAGCUCAUUAUCCUGAUAAAUUAACACCAGCAACAAGUUAUUGAUUUUUCCAAUAUAUAUAUAUAUAGCUCAGGUUUUUUUGGUAUGAAA